GUAAGAAAGACUACGUUCAAGCACAGGCACGCAACAGCAUUCAGGCAACACGUACCAUGGCAUCUCCUCUCCCGUUUUCCCUCCUCGUCGUCAUUUUCCUCGCCCCCGCCGUUCAUGGCUCAGCCGCGGCGGCGGCGUUGUUCCCCAGAGAAGCCCUCCCGACCAAGUCCGGCUACCUCCCGAUCCCACCGGCGAACGCUUCUCUCUACUUCGCCUUCUACGAGGCCACCCACCCUGUGACCCCGCCGGCCUCCACGCCGCUCCUCGUCUGGCUCGAGGGCGGCCCCGGCGUGUCCUCCCUCGUCAGCAACUUCUUCCAGAUCGGCCCCUACACCUUCGCCGCCGGCCGCAACAACAGCUCCGCCCCCUUGUCGCCCAACCCUUUCGCGUGGAACCGCCGCUUCGGGCUCCUCUUCGUCGACAGCCCGCUUGGCACCGGCUACAGCUCGGCGCCGUCUCCCUCCGCCAUCCCCACCAACCAGUCCGUCGUCGCGGAGCACGUCCUCGCCGCGCUCCAGUCCUUCUUCGACGCCCAGCCGGCGGAGUUCCGCGCGCGCCCGCUCUUCCUCACCGGCGAGAGCUACGCCGGUAAGUCCAUCCCCGCGGCCGGCUCGCUCAUACUGGCCACGAACCCCGAGCUGCCGGAGCACCGGCGGAUCAACCUGCGGGGCGUGGCCAUCGGCAACGGCCUGGUCCACCCCGUGGCGCAGGUGGCCACGCACGCCGACACCGCCUACUUCAUGGGGCUCAUCAACGACAAGCAGAAGCGCGACGCCGAGGCGAUGCAAGCGGCGGCGGUGGCGCUGACCAACGCGGCGCGCUGGCGCGAGGCGUCGGACGCGCGGGCGCGUCUGCUGUCGUCGCUGCGGAACGCCACGGGGCUCGCGUCGCUGUUCGACGUGGCGGUGGAGACGUCCCUGGAGGCCGAGUUCGCAGGGGCCGCCGCCGUGGCCGAGGCGCUCAUGAACAGCGCCGAGGUGAGGGCGGCGCUGGGAGCGCGGCGCGCGUCGGAGGGCGGCUCGCCGUGGCAGCUGGUAAGCCCGGCGGUGGACGCGGCGUUCCACGACGACGUGAUGAAGAGCGCCAAGCCGGACGUGGAGGCGCUGCUCGCCGGGGCGUCGGCGCGCGUCCUCCUCUACGAGGGGAUCCGCGACGCGCAGGACGGGCCGGUGGCGGCGGAGGCAUGGCUGCGGGAGCUGGAGUGGGACGGGCUGGCCGCGUUCCGGGACGCCCCCCGCGCUGUGUGGCGGAGACGGAGAGGUGGCGGCGGCGGGCGAGGGAGGCUCGCCGGGUACGUGCAGAGGCACGGCGCGCUCGUGCACGUGGCCGUGUACGGGGCCGGGCACUUGGUGCCGGCGGCGCAGGGGCGGGCCGCGCAGGAGAUGAUCGAGGACUGGGUGUUCGACAAGGGCCUCUUCGGCGGCGACGCGGCGGGCACGCCAUAGAUUCAAAGACUAUAGCACGCACACGUCAUGUUGAUCUGAUCAUUUCAUGAUGUAUAUAUAACAAUAAAGCUCAGUGUGAGUAUUCCAAAUAAAUUAGGUUA